CAUAUGCACUUUUCAUUCAUCAAACCAUAAUUUGAGGCACGACAUCCCGUAGUCCAGUAGUCUCAUGGCACGCGGGUUUUAAAUUUUGGUGUGGAUCCGUUUAUUUUAAAACGAAAAUGGAAAAGUUUAGCUUUCUUAAGCUACGAUUAAAAAGUGAUUGAGCGACCGGAAAUAUAUAAAAAUAAGGAACAUCUCACAGAAGUGCAAAACAAGUGCUUUUAAUAAUUAUUAUUGGUUUAUAAAGUGCCUCACAAACACGCUGUAUCGGGUAUUGAAGUCGAUUCUGACAAGUGUUUAAAUAAGUUUUUACACAAAUUCUAGACAAAUAUUUAAAAAUAUAUAGAAGUAACGUGUCUCCUCUUGCCGAGCUGAAUCAUCAUUUAACGAUGUUAUAAAGUGAUGGGGCUGUCCGUGUUCCGGUGUGUCGCGAGUGUCGCGUCUGUGGCGUCCGUGGCGUCUGUGGCGUUUGUGGCGCGCGUGUCAGUGUCGCGGGCGAGGUGGUGUGCGGGCGCGUAGGGCUGCGCGGUGGCGGGUGCGCGCGCGGCUCGGCCGGCUCGGGCGGCGGCGCAUGCACGCCACCGGACACACGGACCGCUCGGGCGGCGGCGGCGGCGGCGGCUCCUGGCGCCUCCCGCCCGACGAGACGCUGCAAGUCGCCGACCCGAAAUCUGCGAAGGAAGAGGACCUGUACCCCGGCGAUGGACACAAUUGGAGAAGCAUCAUAUUCUCAUUGAUGGUCAUCAGUUUUGUGAUAGCAGGCAUUGUCACAGCGAUUUACUUAUUGGGAUAUGUGGACGAGCUGCUGUACUGGUCGGGGCGUCGUAUGAGGCUGGACGAGUUCCUGCGAGGAGACCUGACUGGCGAACGUCUGCCGACCACGUGGGUCAGCUCACACCAGCUCGUGUACCAGGCGGACGACGGAGGUCUACUCGCCCUGGACACCUUCAACAAUACGCUAUACGUGCUCGUCACAAACCACACUCUCAGGCAGCUCAAUGUGCGAGGGUAUCAAUGCUCGCCAAAUCUACGCUUCGUGCUGUUCCAACACAACAUCAAAGAGGUUUACCGACGGACUUUUACUGCGCAUUACACGGUUUAUGACGUCACAAAUGACCACCAUAUCCCCCUCUUCGGCGAGGGUCAGAGCAGUUGGGAGUGGCAGCACGCGGCUUGGCUCGGUACAGAGGGUGCUAUCGUACUGGCUGCAGACAACGAGGUCUUGGCGAGACCAGCACCUCCUGCACGAAGAGCUCCCUUACUUCGACUUACAAAUGAUGCUGUCGCGGGCAGCGUUUAUAACGGGGUGUCGGAUUGGUUGUACCAAGAGGAGGUGACAAAAGAAUCAUCAGCGACUUGGGGAUCAUCAGACGGGGCUUUCGUGUUAUACGUCCAGUACGAUGACAGGAAGGUGUCUCAGAUGAGGUUCCCACAUAUUUCCUCAGGGAUAGGUGGCGCUGGUGCCUCCAGAUCAGGGUUUUUGCUUCCCGCUUUCAACAACAGUAACCCAACCAUUUUCCCUGAUCACGUAACGAUCAGAUAUCCCACGCCCGGUAGUUCAAUACCUCUCGUUAAGUUGUGGAUAGUUGCGGUACAAAACGUAACAUCUCCACCCAGGUGGGAAGUAAAACCUCCAAGUACAUUAGAUGGCAUGGAAUAUUAUCUCAUAUCAGCCCAAUGGGUGGGCAAAGAAAAUUCGCAUAUAGGAGUAGUUUGGAUGAACCGUGCACAGAAUCUAACUGUGUACAGCAGCUGUUAUGCUCCAAAUUGGACAUGCACUGAGACCCAUUCAGAAAAAGCCACUGAUGAGCCUUGGUUAGAAGUUCAUCAGCGUCCGGUUUACUCAGAAGACGGCAGUGCUUUUCUACUUCUAGCAGCAGUCCAAGAAGGCGGAGGCCAAUACUAUACUCAUAUUAAGCAUGUUGAUGUCCUCCGUCAACGCAUAGCUGUUCUAUCGCACGGUAAAGUGGAGGUGGCGAAGAUCCUGGCGUGGGACCAGGAAAACAAUUUAGUUUAUUAUUUAGGUUUUGACAUCGAAACGUUUCACUCGCGUAUACAUCCAGAUAUGGCCGCGGAAGCUAAUCGAAGUAGCGCAGAUAGACCGGGCCAGAGGCAGGUGUACGUGGUACGUGAUCCAAGCUACGGAGGAGCUAGCAACUCCGUCAGAGCUAGAGCUGAACGCGAGGAACCACGUUGCCUUACGUGUGAGUUGGCUGUAUGGCCUGCUCGGCUUCAUUACGCCAACUGCACCUUCUGGAGCGCGACGUUCCCACCUCCUAAGCCGAAGCGUGGUAUAACUCAUUACGUUCUGGAGUGCAGAGGUCCUGGGCCUCCACUCGCAGGUCUUCACGAUGCCAAGACUCAUAAGUUAGAGAGAAUUUUAUACGAUACGAGGCCUUAUAGAUCUGUACGAUUACGUGAGUUGGCAUUACCUUCUCGUAGAUCAUUUGAUGUACAAUUGAGUAGUGGCUCUAAAGCCCGUGUACAGCUUCUGCUGCCGCCCUCUUGGAGAGAAGAACUCCGCGACGCAGCAUUUCCUGUACUAGUUCACGUAGACGGUCGCCCUGGCAGUCAACAAGUGACAGAUGAAUUCCUGGUAGACUGGGGAACGUAUAUGUCCUCACGUAACGACGUAGUUUACGUUAAAUUAGAUGUAGCAGGCGCUAAAGGGCUACCCCGAGCGCUGUUACGAGGUCGCCUCGGUGGGGUCGAGGUGGCCGAUCAAUUGGCUGUUAUUAGAUAUUUAUUAGAAACAUUUAAAUUCUUGGAUGUAACUCGUGUUGCUGUUUGGGGAUGGGGUUAUGGUGGAUAUGUAACGUCAAUGUUGUUGGGGUCUCAGCAGUCUACUUUAAAGUGUGGUAUAGCGGUGUCACCGAUCACAGACUGGCUGUAUUACAACGCAGCAUUCACGGAGCGUAUCCUGGGCCAGCCGUCAGUUAAUUAUAAAGGGUAUGUGGAGGCUGACGCGUCCCAGCGCGCGCACCACGUGCCGCCGCACGCGUUGUACCUCGUGCACGGGAUGGCAGACAUGAGCGCGCCGUACCCUCACGCUCUGCAGUUGGCUAGGGCCUUGACUGAUGCUGGAGUACUGUUUAGAUAUCAGGCGUAUGCUGAUGAAGGACACGACCUUGAAGGUGUUAUCGAGCAUGUUUACCGGUCAAUGGAAGAUUACCUCCUAGAGUGCUUGUCCCUCGACCCAGAAGACACCAAGCUGCCUCCGCCAGAUAGAUAAAAGACAGCACUCGGCCACGUGACUAACGACAUAUUACGCAUCACUAUAGACUACUUACACUUGUUAUCCCAUUAUUGUGUAUAUAUGUAAAUGGAAUAGUGCUUUAAAGUGUGUUCUCUAGUAAAUUUAUUUACGCCUUCCUAUUUGACGACGCUAGAUUUAUCGAGCGUGUUUGAAAUAUUUAAUAUAAUAUUAGUAUUAUUAAGCGUCUUAUGAUUAAUAUAAUGAGUUCACACAGUCAAAUAUUUGCUAUAGUAUCUCGUAGUAUAACGAACGCGUUAUAUGGGUCGGUCUGAACGUUCAGAGGUAUUUUUUUAUUCUAUCUUUGUUUGUCUUUCCACACGUCAUCGCUUUAGCAGUCUGGCUUCUCUAUAAACUUCUAUAGUAUUUCAUAGUGUUGUAAAUUGUAAUGUGGUUUUGAAUCUAAAUAAUUAAUAUUGGAAGCGUUCUAAUACGCCAUCAAUUUGUACUUAAUAUUUAUAUUUGUUGACGUUGUAAAGACUUAUUGUAAUCACAAUAUUCAUAGCAAUUCGAGCUUUACCCUUUAGGCUUUACUGUUACCCUUUCUACUUCCACAUUUAUAACGGGAUGUACUGUCGUUACUAUACUGUGUUAGGUUUCCUUUCGUAUUGUUUUAUUAGUGAAUAAACGAAAAUUUUCAAUCUUUAUUUUUAUAAACAUUAAAAUUCAAUUACAUAAAAUGAGCUUAUCAUUUAGGGAAUCUACUAGGCCUUUAAUAAUAUAUAUAUAUUUUCUUUUUGUGAUACGUUACAGAUAUUUAUAUGUUACUUUUGAUAAAGUUUAAGCGCUGUUUGAUAUACCUCAUGCAAGUGUAUGAAUAAUGUAAUUCAUAGGUUACUGUAUGAACCCUAAUACAGCAUAUUUAUAAUUAAUAUUUAGAAAUGAAGUGACCUUGAUCAUCCCCAAUCCUUCGCUGCUUUUGCUCCAUCACAUAUAUCACACUUUCCAUAUAUCUUGUAGACCUUAAGUCGGUUUAAUAAAAAAUUGUCACUUUAAUAAGGUCACCAUAGUUCGAAUGUAAAUAUAAGAAUUUUAACGGCAGAUUAAAUUAUCGUUUGUAUAUCACACGGGAUUUCAAUCGAAUCGUCCCAGAGCUAGUGAAGAAAUCAAUACAAUGAAUUUAUAAUUGAAUAUUUUAAGAUGAUAACGUUUGUUACGAUUUAAAUAACCUGUUAUUAUGUAUCCCAAUACAACGCACGUUAUGACACAAGUCUGUAUAGAUUAGAUAAAACGUAGAAAGCCUUUACACCUUAUUAACUAGAACACCACUAAGUAAAUUCACUGUACACGUUUUAUAUAAAACAAUAAAACAAUGAAACAUCACUCGGAAAUAGUUUUGUGUGAACAAAAAGAACUGACCUCGAACAGGACUAUACUGAUUUGUUUGUUUGUUUGUUGUUGUAAUUAGAUUUUAUAACGUUAGUGAGAAACGGCCACCGUACGUAAAAUUGUACAUGGAAUGAACAUGCACAUGCAAAGUUUCGCAGAUACCAUGCAUCGAAACAGGUCGAAUGUUAGUCUUUGUGGGUAGAAGGAGAUGUGUGCAAUACUUAAAAGUAAGAUUAACAAGAUUUAAAAUAUGUAUGUAUUUGAUGAUAAUAGGGAGUCGUUGUUCUAAACGCUGUGUCGGUGUCAUUGACAUAAUGAUAGGUAGUUCGUUGUUGUUGUAUAGAAAUAUAAAUGUCGAGCGAUAUAUUAUAAGUGUUAUCGGAUACCUGCAUAGACGCAUAUCGUUCCAUUCCAUGUUUGUGAAGACUGCCAAUUUGGUCUAAAUUUUACAAUUAAAUACCUACGAUGUGUCGGUGACAUUAAUUUCAAUCGCCGUUAUUGUCUUAAGGAUGCUGUGAUUCUUCUAUUGCAAAAAAAAAUUUUAUCGAUAUUGUAUUAAAAUAUAUUGAAUAAAUAUUAAAAUUAUAUCUCCAUCUGAUAUACGUAGGGCCUAGUCAAAUCGAAUUCGUUUUAAUUAAUAAAAUUUAAUCUAAGAAUAAUAUUAAUUUAGAAAUUUGAAAAAAUUCUUCCAUAAUUAAUUAAAAUAUAAACUAAAUAAUAAUAUUGCUUUCUUCGAAACUGUAACAAUGUUAGACAAUAUUAUAAAGGGCUAUUCAUAAUGCAUUCAUAUAAAUAAUUAUUAUAAAACGAGAGAUUCUGAAACCAGGUGCUUUAAAAUUAACAUCGUUUUAAUUUUAUUAGCGAAAUUUUUAUGAUAUGAUAGUCCGUGAACGGUUCAUCGGCAACUAGUCGGACGCCGACAGAGUUCAGUGUGGUUACGUAUAGAGAGCAACGUCUAGUUUAAAAAAUAAAACCUUUUUGGUAUAUGCCACUGAAUAAAAAAUCUAUAAGGUUUUAUCAAGUAACACCAAUAUGUUAAGAGUAGUAAUAUGUUAUGUAAUCGAAGUGACAGGCUGAUAGUACUAUCCACUCCUGAUCAACCUAUUUCGGACACAUAGCUUCUAAUACCAAUUAUUUUACCUAAAGCCCUUAGUCUUCCAGCGUAGCGAAUGCUUCCAAAGCCAUAAAACUAUUGGGGCGGAAAAAUAGAAACUAUGUGAUGACUAUGUCAAUUAUUUCCUUAUCUCCACUCGCGUCAGUUGUGAUUUAUUUCCUAAUGUUUGUGAUUCCAUCGUAAAUUAGUUUAGAUUUCUGUGCUAGUUUCUCUUAUAUAUGGGUGUGUUUUAAAAUGUCGAUCAGUGACGCUCUGUCCUUAGUGAUCCUCUGCAGAAUGUGGACUGUACUUGACAUGGAUUUAGCCAUCUGUGACACUGAAUCUGAAUUGGAAGGAGUAAGGUAUAUAAAUGGAGUAUGUCAAGUUCAGUCUGAAUGCAGUGUAGUGUCAGCCUUCGCAUCUUCAUAGUGGUGUCGGACGGCUCCGUAGCUAUUAGAUGGAUGGUAUGCGCGAUGUUGAACACAAUAAUACUUCAUCCACGUAUCCUACUAUGAGCUCGCACUAUCAACCAUCAUGACUGUCUCUACUGCUAUUAACCAGACGUCACUAGGCUAGACUCUAGACUAGAGAUUCAUAGUUGUUACAAAAUACAGGGCGUUCUUAUAUAUUAUUGUAUUCAGUGACGCGCCGUUUGAUGGCCCUAGUGAAAAUUAUAUUCUACGUUGUUGUUAAUCAGUGUUAUAAAUCUUAUUGUCUUGUUUAAGAGUUACAGUGUUGUAUAGAUCGGUAUGUUUUUUUUUUUUGGAAAUUCUGAGGUAUUUCUGUUAUUUAUGUAAAGUUUCUUUGAAUAAAUUAAAUUUUCAUAAUCGUUAA